AUGGCAAACUUCACCAGACUCAACGUGUUGACACCUAACCGUUCUGAUUGGAGGGUUUUGGUUAGAGUUGAAAAGAUGUGGGAUACCUUGGAGGCAGAUGUUGGUGAAGGUCUUAGCUUUCUUUUUGUGGAUGAAAUGGGCACAAAGAUGCAUGCUUUUGUUGAACAAAGUAAUCAGAUGAAAAGGUUCAAGAGAUGUCUUCAUGAAGGGGAAUGGAAUAUUCUAACCGGAUUUUCCGUGGUCAUGGUGAACACAGAGAUCCGUUUGACGGAAGCCAGAAACAAGAUUGCUCUCACGUCCAACACCAGCGUCACACCCGCAGAGGACUCGGAUGCUUGGAUUCCGCUUGACAUCGUUCCUUACGAUAUGGAAGAUGUCUCUAUUCCUAGGAACCCUUUAAACGAUGAUCCAAAGACCACUAACACAAUAGAUUUCACCUUACAGGACAACGAUGGGGAUCAAAUACAGUGUCGUGUAAAGGGUGCCUUAGCAUCUAAGUUUAAACGGUUUUGGCUUUACUAUGGUAAAAUUGAGACCAUCGUAUGCCUCUUAACCGAUUGGCGGGUUGUAGAAGAUGCGGAUCCAAUUCAUAUCGAAAGUGAAGAAGGAAUCUCUAGAUUUGAAUUCAAUCCUAUUGGCUUUGAUGAGGUUGACCAUUUCACUGAGAUAAUGUGCUCUUCCUCACAAGACAGCAGCGAAGAAGAUGUUGAAGAAAUGGAAUUUGAUUAUUUCAAUGGCUGUAGAACCGACAACAAAAGUUGA